CAACUUGCUGCCCAGCUUUUCCGAGACUUGGGAAGUAGGAACUUUACCUGCCCUUCCAGGACUGAGGAGAGGUAUUGCAGGAACAUGGAAAUCUAUGCACCUGACAUCUGAAAGCUGCAGCUGGUUACUGCCACCAACCUGCUUGUAAGAGUAAAAGGUCCCAAAAUGUACUUUUCUGAUCCAGAUUCUGUGCUUCUGUUCUGAGUAAUGUUCCAGCAGGCAGGAUGCUGGGGACGGUGUGGUCAACACGGAACUCUGCUGGAGCAUUGAGCAGGCUGGAGAGUCAGAAGUCUCAACUCUUCUGGAAGGAUUCUGUUUGCUUCUAAAGCCAGUGAACAUUUUAAAAUACAACUGUACCACUACCCCUUUUAAAGAAAACACACCUGAAAAGUAUUUGUCUGCAAUAUCAGAUGUAUCUUCUGAGCAGCCAUUUCUUUUGCCUUUUAAAGAAUGAGAUGGGACUAAUCAUCUUCUUCCUAUGUGCUUACGUACCAAAGACAGCAGCAGGUCAUUGCAAGUGGGCAGAAGUUCUGAAAGAUUUGGAGCAGAUCAAGACAUCCAAAGACAUUGAUGUCAGUUUAUAUACUGCAAACACAGAUGAGGGUAAAGAAUGCCAAGAACCUGUAAUGAGAUGCUUUAUCUUAGAGACGGAAGUGAUUCUUCAAGAAUGUCUUAUCAAAAACUGUAGUAAAACACAGGAUGUAUCGAACAUAUGGAAAAAUGGAAUUGCAAGCUUAGAAAAUAACAAGUUGAAUUCCACAACGUCAGCAAAAUGCAAAGAAUGUGAAGAGUAUGAAGAAAAAAAUUUUACAGAAUUUAUACAGAGUUUUGUAAAGGUUAUACAGAAGGAAUGCAAACACUGACCAAAAGACAGGCUGGGAACCAAGAUUCUUUCUUGAACAUCCUCAGAGAAAUUAGAUUAUCGCCAACAAUAAACUGGAAAGAAUAUCACUUACAAUCCUAAUUACAUAGCAUGACAUGUAAACAAAGAAUAAUAAAAUCCCUGUAAUUCAGAAUGUAUUCAUAAAUGAAUACAUACAAAUGAUACUACUUAUGAAAUAUAAAUAAAAGGAAUUUAACAGGGUUUAAAGCUUCUUCUUGACUUAAAAUGUCUUCAUUAUUUGGUAAGUCCCUUGGAGAAGAAAUCCUGCCUAACUUACCAAUCUUUCAACAAAAUUCUUUAAGAAGAUCUCAGGAUAUCUGCAGUGGGAACCUCCUCAUGAACAUCAGUUCAGGGCUAACGGAAUGGGGUUUCAGAGAAAAGCUCUUAUUAUUAUUAUUAUUAAUAUAAAAUUAUCAUACCCUGUUAAAGCAUUUAGCUAUAGCUAUUUUUGUUAUCUGAAAACUAUCCCUUUACCAUCUGUGCUCCUAGAAGAUCCUAGCUCUUCUGUCACUUCUGUUGUUGGUCAUGUCUUACAGUUUUCCUUGCUAUUUUUUUCGUAAUAACAUUCGUUCAAUGGACUAGUGUCAAAACACAA